UGACUAGUUAUGAUAGUGAUAAUAACACUAAAAUAUAAUAUAAUAUAUAAUAUACACGUCUCUAAUCUAUAUAUGUACUACAUAUGAAAUAUCUACUUUGAUUUUUGAGGGAAUUGAAAAUGGCAGACAAUAGUCAUGGAUGGCCUCGUCUUGUAAUAAUUUUUCUGAUCGUUUUUCCGGUGGGUUUAGGGGUGGUUCUGUACAGACUAGUCGAGUCUUCAUUCGAGGCGGCUGCUCUGCCCAUCCACGAGUUAUUUGGGCCGACAGCAACCGCAGCGGCGCGUAACGGACAGGCGCUGGGUGGGUCGGAGAGAGUCGGGGAGGGAGAUGUUUUGGCACCGGAAGACUUGGCUUAUGACUGGAAGGCGGGUGUGAUUUACACGGGGUGCGAGGAUGGGUGGGUGAGCCGAGUGAGAGUGAAUGAGUCGGUGGUGGUGGAGAAGUGGGUCAACACGGGUGGUCGCCCACUUGGAAUCGUUCUUGACCAUUUCAACAAUCAGCUUCUCGUUGCCGAUGCAGAAAAGGGGCUACUGAGCAUAAGUAAAGAAGAAGGUGUAGUGAAGGUACUAACAGAGGAAGCAGAGGGUGUAAAGUUCAUGUUAACAGAUGGAUUAGAUGUGUCCCAUGAAGAUGGAAUGAUUUACUUCACAGAUGCUUCUCACAAGUACAAAUUUAAUGAUUUCAUUUGGGACAUUCUAGAAGGUAAUCCCAAUGGAAGAUUGCUCAGUUACAAUCCACUCACUAACCAAACCAAAGUACUUCUUCAUGAUCUUUACUUUGCCAAUGGAGUUACACUCUCACCUGAUCAAACUUGUCUCAUCUUCUGCGAAACCCUUAUGAAAAGGUGUAGAAAAUAUCAUUUGAAAGGAGAGAAAAAAGGAAGUGUUGAGCCUUUCAUUGCCUACUUGCCAGGUUUUCCUGACAAUAUUCGUUAUGAUGGGGAAGGUCUUUACUGGAUUGGAUUGUCUUCGGGAGCUAGUCAAUCUUGGAAUUUGGCACUGAGAUAUCCUUUCAUUAGAAAGCUUGUGGCUCUCCUUGAAAGGUACAAUUGUAGACCAAAGAUGGAGAAGAAUGGAGGUGCUUUGGCUGUGGAUUUAGAAGGAAGACUUAUUUCACAUUACUAUGAUCCUGGCUUGUCACUCAUUUCAACUGGACUCAAGAUUGGAAAUCACCUCUACUUAGGCUCAAUUGGUUAUCCUUAUAUUAUCAAACUCAAUCUACUAAAUCACCCUGCACAACCAUAAACAUGUUUAUGUUGUAUUAAAAAGCAUAUUUGGUAUGUUUAUUAUCAAUAAAAAUAGCAUUAAACAUAGUGACACA